UUCUGUCUCUAUAUAUACCAAGUCAAAUCCCAUCCUGAGAGGCACAAAAACCAUAGCGUUGAAAAAGAGUAACAAGUUAAUUAAGUAUCCAUAAUGAAGAUCACAAUCCUCUUGUUUUGCUUCAUACUUCCCUUGGCACUCGCGGAUUUCAAGGUUGGCUUCUACGACUCCUCGUGCCCAAAAGCGGAGUCCAUUGUGAAGCAAGUGGUGCAGAAUCGAUUCAAGCGUGACAAGUCCAUUACUGCAGCCUUACUUCGCAUGCAUUUCCAUGACUGUGCUAUCAGAGGUUGUGAUGCCUCCAUACUGAUAAACUCCACCAGCACCAACACCGCCGAGAAAGACUCCGGCACAAACGUCGACGUCCGCGGCUACGACCUGAUCGACGAAGCGAAGCAAACCCUAGAAUCCGCAUGUCCCUCCACAGUGUCAUGCGCGGACAUCAUAACCCUAGCCACCCGCGACGCCGUGGGCUUGUCGGGAGGGCCCAAAUACGGCGUUCCGACGGGAAGACGCGACGGGCUGGUCUCCAAGAUGGAGGAAGUGAACAUUCCGGGGCCCAACAGCCCGGUGUCCGUGACCUCAGCAUUCUUCGCAAGCAAGGGCAUCACAGCGCAGGAAAUGGUGACCCUCUUGGGGGCCCACACCGUUGGCGUUGCGCACUGCGGUUUCUUCGCCAACAGGCUCUCGAGCUCGCAAGGGAAACCCGACCCUACCAUGGACCCUAAGCUGGACGCCAAGUUGGUGAAGGUGUGCGAAGCGAGAGGGGACCCUUCUGCGCCUUUGGACCAGAAGACUUCUUUUGUGCUUGAUAAUGAGUUCUAUAGACAGAUUCUCGCCAACAAAGGGGUGUUGCUCAUUGAUCAGGAGCUUGCCUUGGAUACACGGACCAAAGGGUUUGUCACGGAUUUCGCCACCGAUGGUGACAAGUUUCACAGGAGUUUUGCUGAUGCCAUGGUGAAGAUGGGGAAGGUUGAUGUUCUCGUGGGGAAUCAAGGAGAAAUUCGCAAGAAAUGUUCGGCUUUCAAUAAAGCUAGGAACUAGGUUUUUGAUGAAAGUUUGAAGUUAUUAUAUGUUUUGUUCCAUCAUUGUGUUCUUGGUUCUUAUUCAUGCUUAAAAAUGUAACA